AUGACGGCCCUUGUUUAUAUGAAUUCGUCACUCGAGCCCACAUUAGGAAGGUCCAACGCCAUUGUCAAUAUUCCAAGCACUCUCGAAACCAUCGGAGGAAAAGGAGCUUCCUUCUUGCGCGGAGCAGGAAAUUUCGCCGGCUCGAACCAGGCUGCAUUGAAGAAAGCUGCCUGGGCUCGCCGCCUACCACCAUCGGUAUGGACCCGAAAAGCCGAUCCGCACCCCACGGCGGACGCCACCGCGAUACAAGAAUUUGUCCGCCAGAAUCUCACCGCGGCCGAAAUGGACCGCGCUCGCAAACUGUGCGGCCAAUUCCUCUACUCUAGUUUGACGCGGGCUACCCAGGUGGGUGACCUGGGCUCACAAACCUUUGUCGCCACCGGCGACAUUCCCUACAUGUGGACGCGCGAUUCGGCCGUACAAAUGGGGCUCUACGUGCCGCGUAUCCAACACCAACCCUGGUUAAACCUGAUAAUACAAGGUGCCAUUCGUCGACAAGCCUUUCAUAUCAUUCAGGAUCCCUACGGCAACGCCUAUACACGGUCGUGGCAGAAUCCCCGUUCCCUGCCGCUCAAAGAUCGUGUCAUUGGACGGGGAGGCUGGGUGGCAACACGCAAUUACGAAGUCGACUCGGGGGCUUAUUUUAUCACACAGCUUUGGGAUUACUACGUCUCGGACGUGUACCGUCCGGAAAUUUUGCUGGCGGAGCCCAUUGUUUUUGACGCCGUUCAGACUUUGGUAGACACCUACAUUAUUGAACAGCACCACGAAAGGGAUUCUUCGUAUCGCUAUUUGGAAUUACCCCGGGAUGGCAAAGGCAAGGAGACGGCUUACACGGGCAUGACAUGGUCAGGAUUUCGGCCCUCGGAUGAGGCCUGUGAUCUACAUUAUCAUGUGCCGUCCAAUAUCUACGCGGCUGCUGCCUUGGAACGGGCGAUUGUCCUGAACCAACAAAUCUGGAGAGAUGCAACCUUGCACAACAAAAUGCAAAAACUGCUGCUAGAAAUUGAAGAAGGUAUCCAGAAACAUGGAACCAUUCAAAUGGACUCUGGAGAAACUGUUUAUGCCUACGAAGUGGAUGGUCUUGGUAACUCGUUGGAAGAUUUUGACGACGCCAACGUGCCAUCUCUCUUAUCUAUACCGGUCUUGGGGUGGUCCAAGUUUGAUCCACAAGUGUACGAAAACACUCGUCAACGACUGUUGAAUCCCAAACUCAACAAGCACUAUUACGCCAACCACGCCUUUCGCGGCAUGGGAAGUUCCCAUACGCCCCAUCAGUAUGUCUGGCCCAUGAGUUUUGCUAUGGAAGCUUUGACGUUAUCCGGUACUCCCCAGCAGCGUGCCCAUGCCGUGGCAUUUCAACUACGACAAUCCUUACAAGCCGCCUGUCAGGAUGCGGCGCACGAAAGCGUUGAUAGUAAUAGCGGUUGCACGGACAGUGGCUCGGGAAUGACGCGCAAUUGGUUUGAAUGGUCUAAUGCCUUGUUUGUGGUGUUGACGGAAAUGGCGUUGGGAGAACAGUGUGAUGCAACGGGACGGGACGGAUACCGAAACUCGGUAGUGUACACCAAAGGAUCUCAGGAGACGAUGAAUUUUUACCAAAAUCGAUAUCAGAGUGACCCAGCGGUUCCCGGAAACUAUCAGGUGCGAGAGAUUUAUUCUUAA